GCCCCUUCAGCUGCUACAGCGGCAGCGCCGGUGUUCUACCGCCGGCGCAGCCCAGUAACCGCCACCUCGCGCUCCCCCCGCCCAUGGAACCCUGAGACCGAUUUGAAAAUAACCGCUGUUCCUGUGGCCUGGCGAUGUGGCUGUAACCGCCGGCGCGGGGACCUGGCCAUCGCUACUCUCUCUUGUCUCCUGCUCGGGAAGAGCAGCUACUUGCCAGGGGCCUGGGGUGCCCCGCCCGGCAGCACCGCGCUCACCCAGGGCGGCUCCUCGGUGUGGGCUCCAGACCUCCCGCUUCCCCUGGGCUCCUGUGGGCAAUAGCCUGGGCUGGAGCCGGGACCAGCGAGGCGCUCGGCUCGCGGGGUGGGUGUCAGGCGGCCCCCGGUCAUUUCUUCUCCCGGCGCUGGGGACCUGCAGUGGACUGUCCUAGAUCUGAAAGUUGAGUUUUGACCAGUUCAUUCUUGCAAAAGAAAUCUAGAAACUAGAGAAUAAAAAUGGGGACUCCUGGAUCGGGGAGGAAAAGAACUCCAGUAAAAGAUAGAUUCUCUGCAGAAGAUGAAGCCUUGAGUCACAUUGCCAGAGAGGCAGAAGCAAGGCUUGCAGCCAAACGGGCUGCUCGAGCAGAAGCAAGAGAUAUACGUAUGAGAGAACUGGAGCGACAACAGAAAGAGCUGGAAGAGAAGUGUGACAAACCGUAUUCUGAAAUUUACACCAGGCCGGCAUCUCGCAAUUCAGCAAGUACAACUCCUCUGAGUGGGAAUUCAUCCAGACGAGGAAGUGGGGAUACAAGCAGUUUGGUGGAUCCUGAUGUUUCAUUAAGUGAAUUACGGGAUAUCUAUGAUCUUAAGGACCAGAUACAAGAUGUAGAGGGGAGAUACAUACAGGGACUUAAAGAACUAAAGGAUUCUCUAUCUGAAGUUGAAGAGAAGUAUAAGAAAGCUAUGGUUUCUAAUGCUCAGCUAGAUAAUGAGAAAAACAAUUUGAUUUAUCAAGUGGAUACGCUAAAGGAUGUCAUUGAGGAAAGGGAAGAGCAGAUGGCAGAGUUCUAUAGGAAAAAUGAAGAGAAGUCAAAGGAAUUGGAAAGGCAGAAACACAUGUGCAAUGUUCUACAGUAUAAGAUGGAUGAACUUAAAGAGGGCCUUCGUCAGAGAGAUGAACUAAUAGAGGAGAAUCAACGCAUGCAGCAGAAAAUAGACUCCAUAACCAGAGAGGUGUUUGACCUCCAGGAGACAAUUAAUUGGAAAGAUAAAAAAAUUGGGGCCCUAGAAAGACAGAAAGAGUACUUUGAUUCCAUUAAGCAUGAGCGAGAUGAUCUCAGAGAUGAGUUGGCUGACCUGAAGGAAACAAUGAAGACAGGACAGAGACACGGGUUAGUUAUAAUCCCAGAUGGUACUCCAAAUGGUGAUGUAAACCAUGAACCAGUGGUUGGUACAAUAGCAGUUGUAUCGCAGGAAGCUGCUCAAGUCUUGGAAUCUGCAGGAGAAGGACCACUAGAUGUUCGGCUACGAAAACUGGCUGGGGAAAAGGAGGAAUUAUUGUCACAGAUUAGGAAACUGAAGCUGCAACUGGAAGAGGAACGACAGAAAAACUCUAAAAAUGAUGGCACAAAUCCAGAUAUAACAGGAUUAGAGAAUGGUUCUGAUUUGCAGUUAAUUGAAAUGCAGAGAGAUGCCAACAGACAAAUAAGUGAAUACAAAUUUAAGCUUUCAAAAGCUGAACAAGAUAUAACUACCAUGGAACAAAACAUUGGAAGACUUGAAGGACAGGUGACAAGAUAUAAAUCUGCAGCAGAGAAUGCAGAAAAAGUGGAAGACGAUCUCAAAGCAGAAAAGAGGAAACUUCAGCGAGAGUUAAGAACAGCAUUGGACAAGAUAGAAGAGAUGGAGAUGACCAAUAGCCACUUGGUAAAAAGGCUGGAGAAGAUGAAGGCAAACAGGACUGCUGCGCUUCUAUCUCAACAGUAGAAGAAAGUUUUAGA